GAUAAUUGCUUUUGUUUGAAUGCAUCGGUUACUAUUGUUGUUUAAAAUGUGGUUAUUUAGAAAUGAAGAGCAAUAAACGUUCUAUUAGUGACAUGGUUGAUACUAGGGAUUACCUUGUUAAAAAUGGCAUUCCACAGCUUUUUGAGUGUUUAUUGACUGGACUAAUGUAUCAUCGUCCAAAUAAUCAUUUAGACUAUUUGCAACAGUGUAUUGAAAAAAUUAGAGCGAACGGAAUGGACAGUGUGCGAUGGGAUCUAUUUCUUCAAUCAAAACCCAUUGAGAAAUUAUCUUUACAUACGAAAACAAUUUUAGAAGUUGAUGAAGACAGUUCUCAACAUGAUGCCAUUCCUAAAAUCGAUUCACCUAGAUUAUGUGUUAAAGAGGACACAGUGGUUAUAUGCAUAAUAUCUGGGCCAGGUAUAGACAGAUCAAUAAUUUCAGAAGAAUUGAUCAUGCAUUAUCCUAAAUUUAUUUAUGUCAAUUUACCGGAUUUAUUGAAAACACGUGCAAUAAAUGAACAAACUCAACAACAAUCUCGUUGGCAUGAUGCUAUACAAAAGCUUAAUAAUGGGGAAUUAUUACCAAAUGAUAUAGUUUUAGAAACACUUUUGUUAAAAUUGAAUCAACAUAGUGAUGCGGAUGGCUUUAUAAUAGAUGGUUAUCCAAAAACAGAAAUACAGUAUUUAGAUCUUAAAGAGCAUGUUGGUAUGGAUAGAUUAAAAUGUGUGAUUUUACUUGAUAUCAGUGAAGAAUAUUCCAGACAACGUUUAAGUGAACGAAUAUCACAUACAGAUAAGGUUUGUAAUAAUAAUAAAUCAGAUUCAAUUGACCGUUGUCUCAGUAUCUUCAAAAAUCAAACGUUACAAGUAUGCAAACUUAUUGAUGAUGACGAGAAACUCAGAGUUAUUGAUGGAGAGUUAAAUUGUAAUGAGAUUCUGAAGGAUAUUCUGGAAGUGUGUGAUCAUAUGAUUUCUAAUAAUUUGGUUGAUUCAGAAGUGCAUCAUACAUCAAAUGCUUCGCCUGAUAAUCUGCUUAUCCCAAUAAAUCAUGGAACGAGGGGGCGUGAAAGCAGACCGAGUAUAAGUAGUAUUCCAAGAAUUGUACCAGUAUUCUCUGACAAUGGUCGAAUGAGUGGUAUUUAUAAUUGUCCAAUAAUUUUAUUAUUAGGUGGUCCAGGCUCUGGACGAACAGAACAAGCAUUAAGUUUAUGUGAAAAAUUUUCUGGUUUAGCAUAUUUCAAUGUUACUGACUUUUUGAGGAAAAAUGUUUUGGAUUUUAUCAAUGAAAAUGAUACUAAAGAUUGGGAUGUCAUUGCACGUCGAGUACAUUCUAGUGAUCCACCGUCGAACAAAGAUAGGCUCAUUCCAGAAUACUGGGACGUGCAAUCUGAAGUAAUCCGUCUAGAGUCCAGUAAUUUGGCUGGUAAUAGUAGAGCUGUUAUCAUUGAAGGAUUCCCAUGUCAUGAAGGUCAACUAAAUACAUUCAAUCAAUGUAUCGGUGGCGUAGACUUAGUCAUUUUAUUAGACUGUGAAGAGACAACAUUAAUUGAUCGAUUACAUCAACGAUAUGAACGUCUAAAACGUACUGAAGAUGAAGAUGCUGUUGUAUUACAACGUAUAUCAUUCUUUAAACAUUGUACAUUACCUGUUAUAAGGUAUUAUGAUGAACGAGGUAAAUUAGUAACGAUUCCUGGUGAUCAAGAACAAAGUCUUAUCUUCAAACAUUUGGUUGCAGUGAUUGAAUUCUUUCUACGCAUGAAAGAAGAAUCAAAAAAUGAAACAUCUGAUAAUGAAAUUGUAAAAACUGAAGAAAUUAUACCAGUAAUAACGAAACUAUUAAAAAAUGAAAAUCGAAAACUUUUAACGGGUGUGACAAUAGAUGAUGAUCAAUCGCUUGAAACUAGUUUUGAAGAUAGCGUAACAAAAGAUAAUGAUUCUUCUCCAUCAAGUCAAUUAAUAAUUACACCUGAAGGCAAUCAGAAUUCAUUAGAUCAGAUUGAAUCGAAAUUGGAUAAUUUAGAAGGAAGUCCGGAGAAGACUGUAAACGAUGAUUUGGACAAAUAUAAAUUUAUUUUUGUUAUCGGCAGUUGUGAUGAGAUAAGACGACUGUAUUGUAAACACAUAUUGAAACAAUGUAAUUACAACUACAUUUCAAUGAAAAGUAUAACAGAUCCAGUGAAUUUAGAUGGAGACAAUACUUUCAGUUUGGAGAAAUUAAUUCAAAUUAUUACAGAGGAGAUGAGCAGAACACGUAAAGCAGGAUAUAUUAUAGAUGGUAUACCAAAUAGUUUGGCUCAAGCUAAAGAAAUUGAAGCAUACAAUGAUUCAUUGAAAUUUUCAAAUUGUAAACUGAUUAUUUUAUUAGAAGAUAAGUUUUCCGACCAUGAUCAUUUAGGAGAUAAUUCACAAUGUCAUAAAAAUGAAGUUGAGGAAAGUUUAAUUGAAUUUUUGGAAUCUACAAAAAAAUUAUGCCGUAUAUCUUGUUCAAAGAGUGAAGAUGAAAUUGCUUAUCAAUUGCAUAAUUUGUUUUCAUAAUUUAUAAUUUUUACUAAAAUUUUCUUAUUAUUAUUUAUCACUUUCCUAUUUCAAUUUUUUUGAAUGUUGAAAGUUUCACACUUUUAAUUUUACACAAAUCAUGCUUUUAGAAAAUGUUUAUACUUCUUAGAGAAAGAGAAUCUAUUGUGCUUUAUUUUUUGAAACAUAACUAAGUUUUGUUCUUUUCAUUAAUUCAUUGAACGAUAAAUAGAUAUAUAGAUCUAUCACUCAUGUGAAAAGGAGUAUAUACUUUGUAAAACUACAAUCAUUAUGAACUACAUUCUAAUCAUUCAAAUAAUAGUUUACCAAAAGUACUAUCAUCUUAUCUGUUUUAUUCAUUUCUCAAUAUUCUUUCUUAAUUUUAGGUUUAUUUUAUUUCAAAUAAAUUUAUUUGUCCAGAAAAAAGAUUCUACACUCUUUUUUUUGUUUAAACAUUCAAUACUAUAAAUGAAAUGAAAGUCGAACAUAUGUGUUAUGUAAUGUCAUUAGUGGUCUCAUUUUUUUUUCCUGAUCAAAUCAUAUAUCUGUGAUGAAGUUCCAUUUUCUAUGAUAGAAGGUAAAAUGAUUUUUCAUUA